AUGGCGGCGGCGGGCGAGAGCCUGCAGCCCGGAAUGGGCGCGCCGGGCGGGGAGCGACGGGCGCUGGGCACGCUGCGACGCAAGGCGCAGGCGGCCUUUGUCGAGGAGGAGGAGGAGGCGGCGCCCAAGAGGAAGCUCAUCCCCAUUACUUACACCGAGGAGGAGCUGGAGGCCAUGCGGCGAGCGGCCGAGGCGGCGGCGCAGGAGGAGCAGGCGGCGUCUGGCGCGCCGGAGCAGGCCUCGAAGCCGGAGGCGGCUGCCACGCUGCCCUCCCCAGCGCCGGCAGCCGCAGCGCCGCAGCCCGCCGACCCCGAGCAGCUCAAGCGGCAGGUCAUGGCACGCGUUCCCAAGGGCCAGGAUGCGGUAUUUGCCUGGCAGGUGCGGUGGGAGCUGUUGGAUGCCGCACCGGCAGACGUGAAACAGCGCAUCCAAGCCUGGGUGGGGAAGAGAAUCCAGAUGCUGAUGGGGGAGGAGGAGGAGUCGUUUGCCAGCUUCGUCAUGCAGCAGGUUGCCAGGCACCAGCCGGCGCUGAAAGUGCUGGAGGCCCUGCAAGAUGUCCUCGACGAGGAUGCUCCCGAGUUUGUCACCAAGCUGUACCAGGUCAUCAUCUACGAGUCCUUGAAACUCGAGCACAGCCUGUGA